AUCUCUCCUUUAUUCUUUGCAGUGGCAGCGGACAGGAGCCCGAGGGAAAAGAGAGACUGCUGGACGACACCCCCCGACAGAUACGCCAACACACACAGACACGUGUGUCAGUCUGUUUUGACACGCACCAGAGGAUUCCAGGGGUUCCUGGUGUGUGUGUGUGUUUGAGGGGUUGAGGGUGUGUGUGUGUGGUGUUGAUGGGACAGUAAGAGAUGUGUGUAUCUCAGUAUCAGACGGGCAAGUAGCCCCCCUGCCCUCCUCCUCCUCCUCCCUCUGUUCCUCCUCUCCUCCUCUCAUCUACUCGCUCAUGGAGCCAUCCAGAUCCCCCAAAACUAUAAAGUACAGAACAUGUUACAGCCUCCUACUCUGACAAAGAUGCCUGAGUCCUUAACGGCCUUUCAUUAGACGAUAUCAUGCUGCUCUGCGAGGCCACUGGCAUCCCCACACCCAGUUUCCGCUGGGUAAAGGAUGGUAAGAAGUUGAACUGGAUGGGACAUAAUGGUUCUGGAAAUUUCACAGCCCAUGGCGACAAGCCGCUCAGCGAUUACCAAGGACACUACCGUUGCUACGCCGACAACACCCUGGGAACAGCCAUGACACACACCGUCAAACUCAUCACUGAAUCGACACCGACCCUCCCUAAGCAGAAGAGAUCACAUAAAACGGCAGAGGAAGGAGCUAGUGUUGUUCUCCACUGCAACCCUCCCAGGAGCUCCACCAUCCCUCAUAUACACUGGAUGGACAAGAAACUGCUCCAUAUAGGUCAGAGUGAGCGUGUGACGACAGGUCUGGAUGGGAACUUGUACUUUGCCAAUGUGUUGAAGAACGACAGUCGAGAUGACUACACUUGUAAUGCUCAAUACAUCUCUGCGAGGACCAUCCUGCCUAAAGAACCCAUCUCACUCACUGUCACACCUAGUAAUGACGUGGCUCGUGGCAGGAAGCCCCAGCUGAUGCAACCUCAGGGCCCCCACAGCUCUCACCUGGCCCUCAGGGGCCACAGCCUGGUACUGGAGUGUAUACCUAAAGGGCUUCCUACUCCUUCGGUAUUGUGGAAGCGUAUGGAUGUUAAUCUGUCGGAGACAGGAGCCUGGACAGAUAACCACGGCAGGUGGCUUCGGUUUGACAGCAUAACCCAGAAGGCAGACGGAGAGUAUGAGUGUCUGGCUUCAAACACACAUGGAUCCGUCACACACUCCUACACUGUCACUGUGGAAGCUGAGCCGUACUGGGUGAAGGAGCCCCCGUCACUGUUGUACUCCCCUGGGGAGACAGUGAGGCUAGACUGUCAGGCCGAGGGUAUCCCCACCCCUACUGUCACAUGGAGUAUAAACGGAGAGCCUGUCGCAGAGGUAGACAUUGACCCUAGGCGGCGGGUGACCGGAGGGGUGUUGGUCCUAAAAGAUGUGGUGUUUGGUGAUACGGCAGUGUACCAGUGUGAAGCCACCAACAAACACGGAAAUAUCCUCAAAAAUACAUACAUCUAUGUCAUUGAGCUGCCAGCUCAGAUCCUGUCCUCUGAUGGGGUGGUAUAUCAAGUUACGGAGGGGGGCGUGGCCAGACUGCAUUGUGAGGCCUUCGGGUCACCCCGUCCACAGGUCACAUGGGAGAGUGAGGAUCUCCAGAACACCUUGCUGUCGGACAGUCGUGUGUCUCAGCUGACCAAUGGGACGUUAGAGCUGUUUAAUAGUAGCAGGGAGGACAGUGGAGUCUACACCUGCUCCAUUACACACAACAACACCUCCAUCACCGCUCACCUGGAGGUCCUCAAACGUACGGUGAUGCUGAUCGGUCCCCAGGCUGUACAGGUUACGAGGGGAGGAGACUCCUGGUUGGACUGUCAUUUCACCUUUGACCCCCAUCUGAACCGACCCCAAAUCCUCUGGAGGAAAGACGGACAGAAGAUCAUGGAGUCAUCACUGGGAGACAAGUACACUCUACUUGGGAAUGGAACCCUCAGAGUGACAGAUGUUCAAUCAGCAGACGAAGGGCUUUACUCCUGUGAGGUCAUCACAGAUCUGGACAGCGUAUUGGCCAGUGGCUCCAUCACUGUAGUGGCCUGUCCCAGCCCUCCAGUGUUUCUGUCUCUGUCUGAAGAGCAGGACCACAACCUGACUCUCAGCUGGACACCUGGAAACACACACAACUCCCCCACCACAGAGUUUGUGGUGGAGGUAAAGGAGGAGAAACAUCCUGAGGGGAAGUGGGAGUCACACCGUGUGACUGGGGAUGUCAAUCAUCUGGAGUUACACCUCCUCCCGUACUCCACCUACCGCUUCCGGGUCAGCGGGGUCAACAGACUGGGGAGGAGCAACCCGUCAGAAAUCUCCGAGGCCUACAGCACCCUACCCACAGUUCCUGAAAGUUACCCUCUAAAUGUGCGUAGUGAGUCUACAGAACCAGGAACACUGGUCAUCAUGUGGGAGGAGAUUGACCGUCGUUUGUACAACGGGUCGGGGUUCCAGUAUAAGGUGUCAUGGCGACAGGUUCAGGCGCAUCACUGGAGCCAUACCCAUGUUCCACAUCCUCCUUACCUGGUGAACGGAACCAGAGCGUUCUCUAGUUAUGAGAUGAAGGUCCAGGCUGUCAACUCUCUGGGAGAGGGACCGCAUCCUGUUCCCGUUAUAGGACACUCUGGAGAGGACUACCCGCUGGCCUCUCCAUCUAAAAUCAGUGUGUCAGUAGAUAACAGCUCAGCCAUUGUAAGGUGGCAGCCGGUUGACACACACACGGUCCAGGGUCACCUGCUGGGUUAUAAGAUAUAUCUGAAGAGGUUGGGUUCCCAGGGAGGAAGAAAGCAUAGAGAGGUGAGAGAGAUUAAGGGAGGAGUGGAGCGAGGAACAGAGAGAAAGGAGGAGAGGUGGGUUGUGGAGGUGGACGGCAACAAGACAAAAGAGGUGGUGACGGGGCUCAAACUCUAUUCCCUGUACGAGCUGUCAAUGACAACCUUCAACAGAAAGGGGGAGGGGCCUCACUCACCGACACACCCCUUCAGGACACCGGAGGGAGUUCCUGGUCCUCCUGCCUCUCUGGAUUUUGAGAGUCCGUCGGAGACAGAGUUAACCCUUCACUGGAGGCCCCCCACUCAGCCCAACGGACAACUUGUGGGAUAUGUUCUACAGUACCAACAGAUUUCAGACAGCCGAAACAGUCCUCCUCAGGUAGAGGUGAUCUAUGACCCCACGGUGACCCACUUACCGUUGGACGGUCUGGACCCUCAUAGUCGCUACGUCUUCUACCUAAGGGGACGCACAUCUGCCGGACAGGGACCACCAAUCACACGGGAGUGUGCCACCCUGCUGGACGGAGUACCUCCCAGUAACAUCAGUACAGUGGUAGGAGAAAGGUCAGUCAACCUGAGCUGGGUCCCUGGAGACAGAUACAGGAACCACAGCUUCCACAUCAAAUACCUCAGCAAGACUGUUGGGGGUAAGUGGGAGGAGUCAGAACAGGUUAACACGUUGCAGGCAUUCUAUUCGCUUACGGGUCUUCAGCCUGGAACACAGUACCGCCUCCUCAUCACCCAUGGCAACUACACACACUGGGAGGACGAGAUACAGACAACCGGUCCAGAGCUACGUGGUGUGGAAGGUGAUUUUGCUACUCAAGGCUGGUUCAUAGGGCUGAUCAGUGCUGUAGUGUUGCUGUUGUUGCUGCUUCUGGUUCUCUGUUUCAUCAAGAGGAGUAAAGGGGGCAAGUACGCAGUGAAAGACAAGGAAGAGAGUCAGAUGGACUCCGAGGCUCGGCCAAUCAAAGACGAGACGUUUGGAGAGUACAGAUCUCUGGAAAGUGAUGGUGAUGAGAAGCGGUCAGUCAGUCAGCCAUCUCUGUGUGUGGAGAGUAAACUGGGGAGUGACGACUCCCUUGCCGAAUACGGAGACAGCGUCGACAUCCAGUUCAACGAGGACGGCUCUUUCAUUGGUCAAUACAGUGGCAGAGGGCCCGCCCCUACAGGAAAUGAGAGCUCUGGCCCCGCCUCCCCUGUCAAUCUAGACCCACCGCCUCCUCCGAUAGGCCCCUCCUUCGCCGGAAUACUGGACAGGACCAGUUAAAUAGAACAGACACACACACCAUCAGACCGCCUGCAUGAAGACCUCUCAUUCCUGACACUACUGCCAUCAGACUGCCUGCAUGAAGACACAUCAUUCCUGACACUACUGCCAUCAGACUGCCUGCAUGAAGACACAUCAUUCCUGACACCACUGCCUGCCUGCCUGCUAGACAUACACAAGUCCAGUACAUUCCAUGGGGGUACAGAGAAGUCAUUUACAGAUCAGCUUGCCUUCUCUACUCCACGUUUACAGACACGGUAAUACACACAGGGUAGUACACACAUCUGGUAACACAGUAAUACACACACUCAGAAUGCAGCAGCCACUACUCCAAAACCCUUUGACGCAGUGUACCAUAGCGCACUUCGCUUUAUCACAGGUAACAGGUUUAAUCCUCACCACUGCGUCCUUUAUCAGAAGGUCUGCUGAACCUCAAUAAAAUCUCAUAGAACACUUCAUUACUCCCUUUUUGUUGAUAAAGCAUCCAACACUUCUCUUAAAAUGUCAAAUGCAAUGCACCAAACCCGCUCACAGGGCUGGUCAACUCUUAAGGUCCCUCGUGUCUCUACCAACCAAUCAGCUUUUAGUUUCAACGGUGAAACUCACUGAUGUGUGUGAGUGUUCUUUAGAAUGCUGAUGGAACUCACUGAUAUGUGUGAGUGUUCUUUAGAAUGCUGUUGGAUCUCACUGAUGUGUGUGAGUGUUCUUUAGAAUGCUGAUGGAACUCACUGAUGUGUGUGAGUGUUCUUUAGAAUGCUGUUGGAACUCACUGAUGUGUGUGAGUGUUCUUUAGAAUGCUGAUGGAACUCACUGAUGUGUGUGAGUGUUCUUUAGAAUGCUGAUGGAACUCACUGAUGUGUGUGAGUGUUCUUUAGAAUGCUGAUGGAACUCACUGAUGUGUGUGAGUGUUCUUUAGAAUGCUGUUGGAUCUCACUGAUGUGUGUGAGUGUUCUUUAGAAUGCUGAUGGAACUCACUGAUGUGUGUGAGUGUUCUUUAGAAUGCUGUUGGAACUCACUGAUGUGUGUGAGUGUUCUUUAGAAUGCUGAUGGAACUCACUGAUGUGUGUGAGUGUUCUUUAGAAUGCUGAUGGAACUCACUGAUGAGUGUGAGUGUUCUUUAGAAUGCUGAUGGAACUCACUGAUGUGUGUGAGUGUUCUUUAGAAUGCUGAUGGAACUCACUGAUGUGUGUGAGUGUUCUUUAGAAUGCUGAUGGAACUCACUGAUGUGUGUGAGUGUUCUUUAGAAUGCUGUUGGAUCUCACUGAUGUGUGUGAGUGUUCUUUAGAAUGCUGAUGGAACUCACUGAUGUGCGUGAGUGUUCUUUAGAAUGCUGAUGGAACUCACUGAUGUGUGUGAGUGUUCUUUAGAAUGCUGAUGGAACUCACUGAUGUGUGUGAGUGUUCUUUAGAAUGCUGAUGGAACUCACUGAUGUGUGUGUUCUUUAGAAUGCUGAUGGAACUCACUGAUGAGUGUGUGUGUUCUUUAGAAUGCUGAUGGAACUCACUGAUGAGUGUUCUGGUUGACUGUAAUAAUGUAUUUGUGUUGUAGUAAUGUAGUGUUUCUGUAACUGUUGCUUUUUGCUGUUUUAUUAAAUGAUCAUAUUGAAUAGUUUGUUCUCAGGGCACCACUGAGACGCUGAUUUAAAUUGGGCUUCCCUGAACACAUACAAGUUUAAUAAAAAACACACAUCUAAGAGCCCGACCAAACCCUGACACUCUUAGUCCAACCAUCCGUCCUUCUCUCCAUCUCCUUUCCUCAUCCCUCCUCUUCUCUCCAUCUCUCCGUCUCUCCUCCCUGAGAGAGAAGGGGUAGGAGAGGAGAUGGAGAGAAGAGAAUCCUUACCCUAACCCUCAUACUAACCCUAACCUUUAAACCCUAAUUCUAACUUGUAAUUGUAACCAUAAAACUUAAAAUAGCCUUUUUCCUUGUGGGGACCGGCAAAAUGUUCCCACUUGUCUGAAUGUUCCUUGUUUUACUUAUGUACCAUUACUUAUGUACCCCCCAAUGAUAGUAAAAAAACACACACACACACACUCUCUCUUCUCCUCCUCUCUCUCUCUUUCUCUUCUCUUUCUCUUCUCCCGCCCCUAUGGAAUCCAUGGACUAGUCAA